AAUAAAAAGUACUUUAAAAAGCGCAUGCUGGACUCAAGUCAGUAUAGCUCCAGAAGACAGGAGCAGGAAGACAAGAUGAAUGAUGUGAAACUUGCUGUCUUGGGUGGUGAAGGAACAGGCAAAUCUGCCCUCACAGUAAGGUUUCUUACCAAGCGAUUCAUUGGAGAAUAUGCCUCUAAUUUUGAAUCUAUCUAUAGCAAGCAUUUGUAUUUGGAAGGGAAGCAACUGAAUCUAGAAAUAUACGAUCCUUGUUCUCAACCACAGAAAGCAAAAUUUUCCCUCACAAGUGAGCUGCACUGGGCAGAUGGGUUUGUUAUUGUGUAUGACAUCAGUGACAGGUCCUCAUUUGCUUUUGCAAAAGCACUGAUUUACAGAAUUCGGGAGCCACAAACUAGUCAUUGUAAAAGAGCUGUGGAAUCAGCCGUGCUUUUGGUUGGUAACAAGCAAGAUCUCUGUCAUGUACGAGAGGUUGGCUGGGAAGAAGGGCAGAAGCUGGCAUUGGAUAACCGAUGCCAGUUCUGUGAAUUGUCUGCAGCAGAGCAGUCUCUGGAGGUAGAAACGAUGUUUAUCAGGAUUAUCAAGGACAUCCUGACAAACUUCAAACUCAAAGAAAAGAGAAGACCCAGUGGAUCUAAAUCAAUGGCUAAAUUGAUCAAUAAUGUAUUUGGAAAGAGACGGAAAUCUGUUUAGCAGAUGUGUUAUCCUAGGGGAUUUAUUAUAUCAGAGAGUUUCAAAUAUUCACAUGAUCAUGAAAUUUAUCCUUUGUAUGCAGGUUUUUUUUUUUUUUUUUAAAUAAUUCUCUUAGAGAAGUGAAAUGGCCGAACAUAAGCCAUAGCUUUGUUUUCAGAUACACAGUUUGCCUUUUUGGUUGUUUGUGUCUAUAUACUCUGCUUCACAUGAAACCUUUUUCUCUAUGACACAGAAUAGCAUUCGCUAUAACUUAUUGAUGCAUUGCUAUCCGAUUUGCCUUGCCAAAUAAACUCUGCUUAAUAAUGUUAUUAAACUACCAUU